AUGGGUGACUGUGGGGAGCCUCGCACCCUGCAGGAUGCUGAAAAUUGCUUCUUUUGUGACUCUCGGGACCGGGGUGGCCAUGGCAUUGAGAAUGUGAUCUCCCGGAGUGGACCUGCUAUCAACAAGACCUGGUGGCAAGCUGAGAGUGGUGUUGAGAACGUCACCAUCCAGCUAGACCUAGAGGGUGCUUUCUACUUUACCCACCUCGUCAUGACUUUUAAGACGUUCCGCCCGGCAGCUCUGAGCCUCGAGCGUUCGGUGGACCAUGGCCGCUCCUGGCACGUGUACCGAUACUUUGCCCACAACUGCUCGCACCUCUUUCCUGGGAUCCCUCCCGCCCCUGGCCACAGAGUCGGUGACCUCGUCUGCGAUCAGCGUUACUCGGGCACUGAGCCUCCCACUGAGGGCAAGGUGGUUUUCCAAGUUCUGGACCCAGCCAUCCAGGUGGAGAACCCAAACGACCCCAAGAUUCAGGAGCUCCUGCGUGUGACUAACCUCCGUGUGAACUUCUCCAGACUGCACACCCUGGGCGACAGGCCCCUGGGAGGCCUCAAGGGACACCCCUUCUACUACUAUGCCCUCUAUGAGCUCGUGGCCAGCGGCAGCUGCCUGUGCCACGGCCACUCCUCUGAGUGCAGGCCUGCGCCCGGGGCACCAGCCAGGGUGGAAGGCAUGGUGCAUGGCCACUGUGUCUGCCGCCAUCACACAGCGGGGGCCCACUGUGAGCGCUGCCAGGACCUGCACUGGGACCGCCCGUGGCACCCAGCGGAGCCUGGGCACCCCCAUGCCUGCCAGGAGUGCCAGUGCCACGGGCACGCCCGCAGCUGCCACUUUGACAUGGCCCUGUAUCUGGCUUCUGGCAACGUGAGCGGAGGCGUGUGUGACACGUGUCAGCACAACACAGCUGGGCGCCGCUGCGAGCUCUGCCGGCCCUUCUUCCACCGAGACCCCCAGGAAGAUCCCCGUUCCCCUCGCUCCUGCAAACCCUGUGACUGUGACCCUGCGGGCGCGCUGGAAGGGGGGCUGUGUGACGCCCACACAGAUGAGACCCGCGGCCUCCUCUCUGGGCUGUGUCGCUGCAAAGGGAACGUCUGGGGCCGACGCUGUGACGCCUGCCGGCCGGGUCACUAUGGCCUGAGCCUUACCCACUCGGAGGGCUGCCAGCCCUGCAGGUGUGACCCCCGGGGCCGGGUCCCCGGCACUCCUGCCUGUGACCCCUCCAGCGGAGCCUGCCACUGCAAACGCUUUGUCUCUGGACGGGACUGCAGCCGUUGUCUGCCCGAGUUCUGGGGGCUGAGCAGCGACUCCCUAGGCUGCAGGCCCUGCGACUGCGACUUUGGGGGUGCCUACAGCAACAGGUGUUCCGCAGCGGAGGGCGCCUGUCUGUGCCGUCCCCAUCUCCGUGGCCGCCGCUGCCGUGAACUCCAGUCUGGGUACUUCUGCGCUGCCCUCGACCAGGCCACUGCUGAAGCUGAGCUUGGCCAGAGCCUCCAGCCAGCUGACCCUCGGCUGCCUGCCCCAGAGGAGCCUGCAUCCCUGCAUCCGGGAGCUGGCUCCACACCGUGGACUGGCUUAGACUUUGCACAUGUGGUCGACGGGGCUGGCCUCUCUCUGCUGGCUCCCACGGUGCCUCGUGCCCUGGAGUAUGACAUUGUCCUGCGCUAUGAGACCCAGGCACCUGAAGACUGGCAGGCCUUGGUCAGGGUCCGCGCCCAGUCUCCGCCCAGCAGCACUCGCUGUGCCCGCCUGCCGCCCUCGGAGCAUCUCUUCCAGGCCACCUUGACCCACGCACACAGAGCUGUGGUUCUAUCCAGACCUUUCUGCUUUGAGCCGGGAACACGCUACUCCGUGACCCUGCGCCUGUGGCGGAUCAAAGCGGCCCGGAGGCCUGCGGGAGGCACUGUCUUUCUGGAUUCGGUUGCACUCCUGCCGCGGGUGGAGGAGCUGCCCGGGCUGAGACCUGUGGACCCCGGGGCCGCAGGGCGCUUGCAGGAGCUCCGCCAGGCAGGCUGCGUGGAGGCAGCGAGGACGGGCCUGCCCGGCGCUGAGCCCGAGGCCUGCGCCCGCCUCGUCUGCAGCAUCUCGGCCCUGCUUCACGGGGGCGGCCUCCCAUGUGAGUGCCACCCCCAGGGUUCACUGAGCACUGAGUGUGCCCUGCUGGGUGGGCAGUGCCCCUGCCGUCCUAACAUCGGUGGUCGUACCUGUGACCACUGUGUGCCCGGAACAUACGGCUUCGGUCCCACCGGCUGCAGUGAGUGUGGCUGCCAUUCCAAGGGUGCCACCGGUGCCAUCUGUAACCCUGUGAGCGGGCAGUGUACGUGCCGGGCGGGCCUUGCUGGUCGCCGCUGUGACCGCUGCCUCCCCGACCGGUGGGGCUUCCCACGCUGCCAGCCCUGUGUCUGCAAUGGGCACGCGGAGCUGUGCCACCCGCUCACAGGCGUCUGCCAGGCCUGCCGGGGAGCCACAACGGGCCGGCACUGCGAGAGGUGCUUGGACGGCUACUACGGAGACCCCACCCUGGGCUCAGGCCAGCAGUGCCGGCCCUGCCUCUGUCCUGGGUCCCCCGGCUCUGGCCUCUAUCAUGGGACUUCCUGCCACAUGGACAACGCGAGCGGACGUGUCCUGUGCCUCUGUGCGCCUGGCUAUGCAGGGCCCCGCUGUGACCGCUGUUCCUCGGGCUACUUUGGGCGCCCUUGGCCAGAAGGGGACCCCCGAAGGAGUCCGUGCCGGCCCUGCCAGUGUAACAACAACAUCGACCCCCGGGACCCCGCUGCCUGCGACCCACACAGUGGGCGCUGCCAGAGAUGCCUGCACCACAGCCACGGCCCUGGCUGCGCCCACUGCAGGCCUGGCUUCCACGGCAGUGCCUUGCGCCCAGGGGGCUGCCGGCGCUGCAGCUGUGACCCCCGGGGCACCGUCCCUUCGAGGUGCCCAUCAGGGGCUGAAGCCUGCUUCUGCAACCAGCUCAGCGGGCAGUGCCCAUGCCGCCCCCACACACUGGGGUGGGACUGUAGCCGCUGCGCCCCCCUCUUCUGGAACCUAGGGGGGCCUCGGGGCUGUGAGCCCUGCAGCUGCCAUGUGCACCACUCCCUGCAUCCAGCGUGUCACCCAGUCACGGGCCAGUGCCCCUGCCGGGCAGGAUUCGGGGGCCGCACGUGCUCCCGGUGUCAGGAUGGGUACUGGGGUGACCCGGAGCAGGAGUGCAGAGCUUGUGCCUGCGACCCACAGGGCUCCGUCUCGCCCAGCUGUGACCCGUACACAGGAGGGCAAUGA